AAAAAAUUAAAAAAUAUUACUUGUCAUGUUGCACAAGAAGUUGCAAUUUUUCUGACACAAUAAACGUGUAACAAACUAGUGCUGUUUAAUUCGAAAUAAAUAUUAAUUUUUUAUGGCAAGCACGUUACAUUGGUUUAUUUUAAUAAACACGCGUGCAUAACGUAAAACCAACUUGGCUAAUAUUUUAUGACCAACGUCAUAACCUACCUGAACUUUUUCAGUCUAUGAUAGGUAUGAAUCACGUAGUUUAUCAAUUAGAAGUUUUGAGCUUUCAACUCCCGGAAGUGACGCAAUCGUUGAGCUAGUAGUAUGUGCACGCAACCAAUAUUACCCCUGUAGUAGCGUUCCGUUAUCUUGAUCCUAUCGAAGGAUCCAGUGUUGUCUUUCGAAUAUUUAGUAUUUAUUCAGAUAUAAUUUCAGACUUGCACAAUUGUUAAUAUUUUACGUUUCACAACAUAAUCUUUUUUACUCUUGAAAUAAUCAGAAAUAUAUCGAUGGUGAUAAGCGUGAUUGGAUUGGCACUGCCUUCCUCUUUGAAGAUUUGAUAUAAGAAAUCACAAUACUUGAAAUGCUUUUACUUAAUUUAAGCCACUAUGUUAAAAAAACAGAUUCAAGUACUGAAGAUACUGAAGAUGAAGAAGGAAAAGUCAAAGCAUUAGAUCCUUUUACUGAAGUUGAUGCAUAUAAAGUAAAUGCAAGUGGACGUGAUAUUUUGGAUUAUGCAAGUUCCUCUGAUAGUGAUGUUGAACCUACGACAGUGAAUGAUACUUUAAGAGGAAGUUAUCUUGAUGAUAGUGAUAAUGAAAGUUUAUACAGUGCACAAGAAGAUCCUUUAAAGCAUGCUGGAAUUUUUACUGCUGAGGAAGUGAUCUAUAUUGCACGAGAAAAACUAAUUAGAUUACAAUCACUUUAUAUAGAUCAAUUUAGAAGAUUACAAUACAUAUUAAGAGAGAAAAGAAGAAAAUAUUUACAUGCACUUAAAAAGGAAAAGGAAACAUUAUGUAGUAUAUAUGAUCAACCAAAAGAAACUGCAAAAGAAAAAAAAAUUUAUGAAAAAUUGAAAGCCUUAAAUCGUUAUCAUAGACGUAGUGGAGUUGAAGCUAUACUAUAUAGAAAAUCUUUAGAACGUAGAGCACAAGCAACUGUAGGUCCUACACAAAAAAUACCAAGUAUAUCAAAAUGUAUUUUUACAGAAGGUGGAGUAAAAUGUGGAGAAAAAACCCUUCCUGCUGCAAAACAUUGUCGCAAACAUAUUCUUAAAGAUCAACAUCAAGUUUUGUUUAAAGCAUGUGGUGCAAUUCGAGCAGAUAUAGAAUGUCAUGAGCCAGUACCAGUGAUUUUUGAUACAAAUUGUGUAUUUCAUAUGAAUUUACCAUCUGAAUGUAAAUUGGAAACUAUGAAAUUUAAAGAAUCAAAACCUGAAACACAGGAAAUAUCAGCAAUAGAUAAUCAGUCUAUAGAAAUUGAUGUAGUAGGUGAAAUUCAAGAGAUUGAUCCAGAUGAUGACAUGGCAGGAUUAAUGAGAGAGAUGAGUGAUGCUGCACAUAUGAAACCAGUAUUUAAUGAAAGUUUAAAUAGUGAAGCUAGCACAGAUACAGCGUUUAGUUUAUCAGCUCAGAUGAGUGAUAAAGACGAUCUCGUCUCUGUUUGAUAAACUAUCUUCUUUGUUAUAAUAUAAUUAUUCUAAUAUUUGUAUAAAACUUAUUAUUAACUUAAAUAUUUAAAUAAUAUUUAUAAAUUUUA